GCAUGCGUGUGUGCGAAAGAGGGCGUGUAUGGGUGGGUGUAACUAUGUGUGCUUAAUAGAGCGAACUUGGCUCUAAAUAAAAACGUGUGGUGUAUAUGCAGUGCUAAAAGACUACUUCUGGAGACAGUCAUUUGUGUUCAAUAGGAAUUAUCUUUGUUUUGAUGUGCUAAAUAUAUCACCUUAUAGGGGCUAACUACAGGAUGUCUGUUGUAUUCAAAGACGCCUGCUAUUCUGUAGAAUGCAUGAUGUCAAGGAUAUUACCAAUUCACUUAUACAGAUAGAACAUCAAUUAGUUAUUCAGUUGCUACCUAGAUACCGCUCUGUUAAGACACAAAACAUAUGGGGAUAUAUUGACUAGCCCUUGAAGAUCAGCAGGUAUAAAAAGACAUAUCAGAUCAACAAAACGAACUCCUGUUCCACUGAAUAACCGUUAAAACAUUACAAUGAGAAGAUCUACCUUGCACAGAUACUUGAAGAGAGCUUUAAUAGGUCUACCUAUUCUCUGGAUAAUGUACAGCAUAUCUGAAAUUUUCAUGAGAAAUGAGAAUGACCUAAGCUUACAAAAUCAUUUAGAAAAGGAUCCAGGGAAUUUGAAAAAUUCGUUUGAGGCCAAAGAAUUGAAAGUCAAUCUAAAUGUCCAGCAGGUGGACGACAAGAAGGUCAAUCUAGAUGUCCAAGUUCCAGUUCAAGAGAAGAUUGUAGUCCAGGGAGCAGUAAAAGGAAAUUCCCAACAGCUUGAUAAACUCAGUGCCCUAGGUGGGACAUUGGUGGAGAAAAAGUCGCCCGAUGCAUAUAAUGGUGUAGAGUUACCGGUCUUUAACAAUCAACUUGAUGCAAACGGACCAGGAGAAGCUGGUCAAGCAGUGGCUGUGAAUGUGAAAAACUUGUCAGAAGAUGAGAAGACCAAGUUCAACAGAGGCUGGACAGACAACAGCUUCAACCAGUAUGUCAGUGACAUGAUCUCAGUGUACAGGAAGUUGCCAGAUGGACAAGGUCCGGUAUGCCAGAGUAAGGCUGAACUAUUUAAGACACGCCAGCAAGAAGUCAGUGUUAUAAUCAUCUUCCACAAUGAAGCCUGGUCAGUGCUUCUCAGAUCUGUUCACAGCAUCUUAGGCAGGACGCCAGAACAUUUGCUCAAAGAAAUCAUUUUAGUGGAUGAUUUCUCGACAAAAGAACACCUGAAAGCUCCAUUAGAAAAAUAUUUCAACGAGUAUCCAAAAGUGCAAAUAGUUCGAGCCACCAAGCGACAAGGUCUGACCCGUGCCAGGCUUCUAGGUUACUACAUCUCCACAGCUCCAAUUGUUGUCUUCUUAGACUCCCACAUUGAAUGUUUUCCAGGAUGGGCUGAGCCUUUAAGUUAUCGCAUCACCGAGGAGCCAACUGUGGUGGCGUUUCCCAGUAUUGAGGUCAUCAACGAUGAAACUUUUGCGACGGUUGCUAACCCUAACGUCAACCAGAACGGGAUUUUCCGCUGGAAAGAUUUAACAUUUCAAUGGCAGAGUGUGCCUGACUUUGAGUCCGCCAGAAGAAAAAGCGAGGCAGACCCCAUCAGGUCACCCACUAUGCCUGGAGGUUUGUUUGCCAUCGGUAGAGAACUUUUCGAGAGACUUGGGACCUAUGACCCUGGGCUCGACUAUUGGGGAGGGGAGAACAUUGAAUUAUCUUUUAAAGCCUGGAUGUGUGGAGGCAGUGUGGAGCUGAUCCCUUGUUCCCACAUCGGCCACAUCUUUAGACGUACCAACCCAAUCAAGUGGAACAGCAACAUUGGCAGCAAAAAUUCAAUUCGUGUUGCGGAAGUCUGGAUGGACGAAUAUAAGAACUACUUCUACGAGAGAAUCUUAUAUGCAUUGGGAGAUUACGGAGACGUGUCGGAACGAAAAGAACUCCGCCAAAGGUUAUCGUGCCAUACUUUCCAAUGGUACCUUAAAAAUGUGUACCCUAAUCUGGAGAUACCCUCGAGAAUGAAGUAUGCAGGGGAGAUUCGUAGCUUUGCUUCCCCUCGCUGCGUUGACAGUAUGGGUGGACCCAAUGACAACCAACCUGCACCCAAAAUGUACCCGUGUCAUGGUCAAGGUUACAACCAGUUCUGGUACAUGACAGAGACUGGCCACAUCAUGCAGGACGAGUGGAAGAUCUGUGUGUCCGCCAACAACGGUGUGGUCAGCUCAGUUUCCUGUGAACAGUCUUCACCUAUAUGGCGGUACCGAGAGGAUAAGACUCUAGAGCACAUCCCAACUGGUCAGUGCUUAACCUCUGGGGUCAACGACGAUAACAUCACCUUGACCAGUUGCUCAGAUUCAAAGUGGCAGAAAUGGGAGCUCCAGUUGAGGAGAACAGACAUAACAUUCCCAGAAUGAUUUGUAGCAGAUCUUGUUGAUCACGUGAUGUUGUGUUAUUUGAAAGGAAGGAAAUGUAUGCUGAAUGGUGGACGUGUGCAGGAAUGUCCAAAUGAUUGAACUAGUUUUUAUUGAGUGUGUUUCUGAAAAAAAGACAUAGUAUUGGACUUUAAUGAUUGACGCAUAUGUGUUCUAAGCUUAUUGCUUGUUACAUUGUUGAAAUAAAACGAAUCUAGAAAGCUAGUUACUGCCCUUGAUUAGAGUAUCAUUAAAAUGUUCGAGUGUACCCACUGUCUCUUGCCAAUAUUUUGAGUGUUAAAAGAAUUGUACAUUGUGCUCACUUGUAUUACAUUAUCAACCUUUCGCAUGUUAUAGAAUUAUUUAUAUUUAAAUUAUUGAGAAUUUGUUUCCUAUGUAGACUGCCUUCUGACAAAAGAGAAGAGCACGUGAAAUAAUUCUUACUGGUAACAUUGUACAAUGCACUUUUUUUUUCUGCGCUUUUCUAGAACUAAUUUUGUAACGUGGGAGUUGGUGUUGUGUGGUCUUUAUGAGAACUACUGGGUUAUUUUGGGUAUAUGCUAUGGAAAAAAAAAAGUUUUCUUAGAUUUCAAUCUGCCAUUGUUAGAACGAUUGUGUGUCAAUGGUGAGGUAAUGGAGCUGACCUUUAAGGCUAUGUAUGUCUCACAACUAUUUGGCUUCAGUAAUUGAUCUCAUGUACACAUUCCAAUCAAUACAACCUAUCAAGUGCGGAAGUAAGACAAUCUUUUUAUUCACCUGUCAGUUACAAAAACAAUGAAGUUGUGCGUGUCCUGACGGCUAGAUCUGUGUCUAGUUUGAUACUCUUUGUGUUUGUGGUGGUUCAUUCACUUUGGUCUAUAACUAUAGAUACAACUUUUAUGUCCAUGAAAUCCUUCACUGUUCUGGUAACAUGGCAUGGAGUUUGAACAAUUACUUUUUUAGAGGCUUUAGUAUAUAAAGACUUAAGUAUAUGAAGGCUUUAGUAUAUAAAGACUUAAGUAUAUGAAGGCUUUAGUAUAUAAAGACUUAAGUAUAUGAAGGCUUUAGUAUAUAAAGACUUAAGCGCAAUGGACGUUUGAAAUCCUAGUGCAUCGUGAAUAUUAAUUUAUAGCUACUUGAGUAUUAUUUUUUUUUUAGCUCCAAGCAAAUAGUGACUGGCUAAAAGACAGUGUAGUGGGUUGGGGGUGGAGCUAACAAGACAGUGAAAUGGGUCUGGGACUUGAGGGGUGGAGUUAACAAGACAGUGGAAUGGGUCUGGGGCUUGAUGGGUGGAGCUAACAACACAGUGGAGUGGGUCGUGGAUAUGGGGCGAGGGUGGAGCUAACAAGACAGUGGAGUGGGUCGGAGUUUUGGGGGUGGAGUUAGCAAGACAGUGGAGUGGGUUGGGGUGGGGCUAACAAGACAGUGGAGUGGGUUGGGGUGGAGCUAGCAAGACAGUGGAGUGGGUCGGGGACUUGGGGGUGGAGCUAACAAAACAGUUGGGUGGAGUGGAUCUAACAAGACAGUGGAGUGGGUUGGGGUGGGGCUAACAAGACAGUGGAGUGGGUUGGGGUGGAGCUAGCAAGACAGUGGAGUGGGUCGGGGACUUGGGGGUGGAGCUAACAAAACAGUUGGGUGGAGUGGAUCUAACAAGACAGUGGAGUGGAUUGGGGUGGAGCUAACAAGACAGUGGAGUGGGUUGGGGGUAAAGCUAACAAAACAGUGGGGAGGGGUUGGGGGUUGAGCUAACGAGACAGUGUAUUAACAAUACGUGAUAAUCUAAGCAAUAUUUUCCCGCCUUUAUGAGCAGACGAGUUAGUCUAAGCAAUACUUCCCGUCUUUAUCAGCAGCUGUUGCUAAGAUGCCUUAUUUUUUUAUUAUAUAAUUUGUUGAUUGACACAUUUCAUAUUUAUGUGAUGACAUUAGCGGAAUUAGUUAUUGAUUCUCGUAAUAAAUUAUUGAUGAACAAUUGAAAA